AUGUACAAAGUCCGCGAUACCGGACCCCGCGACGGCAACAACGAGACGUGGAAGCUAGCGAAGCGCAUCGACCCCGUUGUCGUCAGCACAUACUGGGACAAGGUCACGGCCAGAACCGGCAUGACGCAGCGCGCCUGGCUCUCCCGCGUGCGUUUCAAGUACCGUGUCGAGCUCGCCAAGUUGGAGAAACAAAAGGUCACUGCCGCCGCCACCAAGAAGCGCAAGCGCCGUAUUUCCGAGGAAGACGAGGACAGCGACUACAAGCCGCCGGGCGCUUGA